UAUUUGGAAUAGUGCUGUUUUAAACAAGACAAGCUGUUAAUACCCUGUUAAUACCCACCUUAAUGUAAAUCAUUGGAGCCGGUUCUCUCAGUGCAGGCCUGCAACUCUCUUUCGGGUUAACUAGACACAUUGGCUUGGAGAACCUCCCCUGAGGGCCUAUUUUCUUAAGCAGAAGCAAUUACAUUUUAACGCACGGGAUGUCAUCAUUGUUCCACAGAAGUGCUGAUUUAAAAAAAAAAAAAAAGCUUGAUUUUUACAUUUUCACUGACAUUUGAUUAUCAUUGCAAGUUUUGUUCAGCAGGCUACAAAUACAGAGACAGAAAAGACACAUCAAGUGAAAGGAUAUUUACACCUAGAGAAGAAUGCAGGUACCCUCUUAACUUUACAGAUGGGCGGUUCCUUUAGAACAGGAUCAUUGCUGAGGAGAUAGAACUAGAUAGAAAUGCUGUUUUGGACCUAGAAAGACUUGGAGGCUUUGUCUAUUAAGAUAUGCACUGCCCAGCACCAGAAGCUUGUAGCAUCUUGAAAAUAGUUGGGAUAAUGUGCUCUACUUUAUAAAUCCUUUCCUUGGAUAGCCAUGCAGAAGAGAGCAAAUUCGCCAAGUAGUUUUCUAUCAAAAUACUUCAGUCAACUGAUAAUUCUUGUUAGCAUGUAGCUAGAUUAGAUAGACAUAGUAAUAGAAGUCCGAAUUAGGAGAGGAUUUGGCCUGGGAGCUUCAAAUAUCAUAAUGCUAAAAUUGAUGGAAUUUUAUAGUUUAAAUUAAUACCAUGAGAAGUUAGAGCCCUGGUUAUUAAUCCAGUCCUGUCAGAGGAUAUAUUUAGUAGUAUCUGAAUUUUAGAUAUGACAUUCACUGGUACUAGUAAAGGGAUAUCCUGAUAUUUAUGUAAAUCAGCUUUUUUUUUUUCAGUGCAGUGACUAUAACAGGAUUUGUCCAGAGCCAUUAUGUACCUGACACGCCAGGUAUAGAAUUAUUUGUCUAACAUGUCCAUUGGGUUGCACAAGUGGAGCAAGGCUAUAGCAAUCACUGUUUUGAGAUGCUUCUGAACCACUUAUCCAUGGUAUGGAUGGAUAGAGGCGAUAUACCUAAACUCCAGUUACUGAUCUCUGCUUUUACUGGGAGCAACUUUGAUGAUCUGAAGUAUCGUCCUACCAGACAUGGAUACCUCAAAGCCUACGUACAAGAAGCCAGGCCUGUCACAGAACAGGCUGAUAGGUUUGAUAGAAACAGAUGACAGCAUCCAGGAAGGUAGAUCUGCAACUGGUGAACAGGGAGAAAAUAAAGGGGCCAAAGGAGGGAUGGAAACCCACCCCCUGGAGACUCCUUACAAGAAAGAGAGCAGUGAUUUUGAUCCAAAAAUCAUGAUUAACUUGAAUUAUCGACCAGGAGUUUCCAGCAAUAGCCAAAAGGACCCAAAUCGGUUUGAUAGAGAUCGACUCUUUGGUGCUGUCUCGAGAGGUAACCCAGAGGAGCUGGAUGGUUUGCUUGAUUACUUGAGCAGGACCUCUAAAUUUCUCUCCGAUUCAAGAUAUACAGAUGCUGAAACGGGUAAGACCUGCUUAAUGAAAGCACUGCUCAAUUUAAAAGAUGGGACAAAUGCCACUAUCCCACUGUUGCUAGAAAUAGACCAGAAGACUGAGAAUCCAAGGCCACUUGUCAAUGCUGCAUGCACCAAUAGUUACUAUGCAGGCCAGACUGCACUCCACAUUGCCAUAGAGAAGAGGCACCUAGAUUUAGUGAAACUGCUGGUAGAGAAUAAAGCCAACGUCCACGCCAGAGCCCAUGGUGAAUUCUUCAGGAAGAAGGAAGAAGGAGUGUGUUUUUAUUUUGGUGAACUUCCCCUCUCCUUGGCUGCCUGCACCAACCAGUUUGAUGUGAUAAAAUACCUCCUUGAUAACCCCUACCAGAAAGCCAGGCUCCAGGAACAGGAUUCCCUGGGCAACACAGUUCUCCAUGCCCUGGUGAUGAUCGCAGAUGACACCGAGCAGAAUACCGAGUUAGUGUGCAAGAUGUAUGAUGAGAUCUUAAAGGCAGGCACGAAGAUUAACCCAGCAGAGAAGCUCGAGGAGAUAGUGAACCGGGCUGGGUUAACGCCACUGAAACUGGCUGCCAAGGAGGGCAAAGUAGAGAUCUUCAGACACAUUCUCCAAAGAGAGAUCAAGGAUCCGGAGUACCGGCACCUGUCUCGCAAGUUCACUGAAUGGACCUAUGGACCCGUCCAUGUGUCUCUCUAUGACUUAUCCUCUGUAGAUAGUUAUGAGAAAAACUCUGUCCUGGAGAUCCUUGCUGAGAGCAGUGACACACCAAAUCGAUACAAGAUGGUGGUUUUGGAGCCGCUGAACAAACUGCUUCAGCACAAAUGGGACUCAUUUGCUGCCAGGAGAUUUUACAUAAGUUUUUUCUGUUAUUUUAUAUUCAUGGCCAUCUUCACGGUCCUUGCUUACCAUCGUCCCCUGCAGUUACAGUCUCCAUUUCGAGCAGAGUUCACAGCUAUCGGCUUCUUGCAGCUCACUGGACAGAUCAUUGUUUUCCUGGGAGGCUUUUAUCUCAUAAUUGCUCAGAUUCUGUACUUUCUGAGGAGAUGGCGGAGCCUGAAGAACGUGUUCUCUGAUGGCUGCAUUGAGGUCUUUCUCUUGCUCCAGGCAUUCUCGCUGCUGCUUUCAGCUGUGCUGUAUAUUGUGGGUUCAGAAGACUAUGUGCCGACAAUGGUAUUCUCCUUACUGCUGGGAUGGGUGAACAUGCUGUACUACACUCGGGGCUUCCAGUGGACUGGGAUCUAUUGUGUCAUGAUACAGAAGACUAUCCUGAGGGACCUGCUACGCUUCCUCAUGGUUUAUGUGAUCUUCCUCUUUGGCUUUGCGGCAGCUCUGGUCACCCUCACAGGGGAUGCCCCUUCGGCUUCCCAGAACAAGUCUGUUACCCCGGAGGAUGGCGAUAAAGGCCACAUUGUGUACAGUGGGCUGCUGAGCACCUCCUUGCAGCUUUUCAAGUUCACCAUCGGCAUGGGGGACCUGGAGUUCCAGGAGCAUGUGAAAUUCAAAUACUUUGUCAUGCUACUGUUGCUGCUGUUCGUGAUCCUGACCUACAUCCUCCUGCUCAACAUGCUGAUCGCCCUCAUGAGCGAGACUGUCACCAAUGUCUCUGGUUACAGCAAGAGCGUCUGGAAGCUGCAGAGAGCCAUUGCCAUUGUGGAAAUAGAGAAGUCCUGUCUGUGGUGCCCAAGAAGGAGGCAGAGAUCUGGCUGCUUCUUGUCUGUGAGCCUUGAUGAUAAGAAAGAUGAGAGAUGGUGUUUCAGAGUGGAGGAGAUUAACUGGGCCAACUGGGAAAAGGAGCUGGGAGUCAUCAAGGAGGAUCCUGGGAACUCCAGAGACUUGGAAAUAGAAUCCCUAGUGAAGAAAGUGCGGGACAGGAUGUCACAGGGGCAAGCAAACUCAGCAGCACUGGAGGAAGAAUUGCUGUUACAUCCAUUAGCCAGUGACUGAGAUGAGGCCACUAGAAGAGAACAAGCCAAGAGACUGUAGCAUGUUUUCGGAUUGGAAUCCCGUUGUUGCUCCCAUCCCAAUGAAUUCUUCAUUCUAUGGUGCCACUAAUAUUGAGAUGAAAAAGUAAUCAGUAUUAACGUGUCUCAUCAAAGACUGUGUUUCAGUCUGUUGCUUUUAUGCAUACAAAGUAUUUCCUUUGAAGAAAUCAUUUCUGUUCAACUUCUGCCUGAUACUUUCUUCCUACAAUGCUUAAAAAGAGGAUGUGUGUGUGAGAGAGAUUGGGAGUGUGUAUCCUGGAUGGGAUGGCUUUGUAAUCUAAGCCUCAGGUUUGAAAUUUCUCCCUUGAAGCCUGGGUUAAAAUUUCAGUUGGGUCAAUUUAACCCUUCAUGCUGGUGAGACAGAAAAAUUUAGUUCCAUGUAGCUCAGUGUGUGUAGCUUUUUUGGAUGAUACUUUUCCAAGCACAGGCCCUGUGUGCUGACAGCAUAAGAUACCAUGUACUUUUUAUGAGAACAGAAGUUUGUCCUAGUGUUUGUGGCCAAAAAUAUUUCCCCUUCUGCACUGUUAUCCUCAGUCCCAUAUGUGACUGCAUUUCAGGUAAUCUGUCUGGGAAGUGCUUUAGAAUUAAAGGUGCAUAAAGCGUUGUUCA